GCUAGCUAUUGACAUUUUAAUCAAUAGAGAUAAUAAUACAAGCCAAUCCCGGUUCUAUCCCGGUUCUGAUUUGGUUCAAACCUAUGAAUAAGGGACACUUUAGUAAUCCACGAAAAAUUUGUACAUUAUUUGUGUUCGAUAAGUUAAAAAAAAAAUGUUUUAGAGAAAAAAAAAGUCUCCAGAAUCAGCGCCAAACACAAUUUCCAUGAUUCUUAUUCAUGUACAACCCUUUCUUUCUUGAUAACUCCGCUCGGUUUAUGUGAGAGAGAAAUAUCUAGUAGUUGUAUCGUGACUUUUACAUGAAAAGAAAAGCAAUCAAACCAAACACUUACUUUGUAUCAUGAUUUUCCUGUUUAAAUAAAUGGUUUUUGUUUUCUCUGAGUGUUUGUUGAGGUGAAAAACCAAGAAAAAUCAAGUGAUUUUAAUGGCGGUAGGAGGAUCUUACAGUAAGGGAAAUGGUUAUGGAAACAGUAGUGGUAAUAGUAAUAGUAACAGAGGUGGGAGUGGGAGGCCAUAUGGGUUGAUGUUACUUAUAGCAUUUGGAGCUGCCUUGCUUGGUGUCAUGAUUCUCCAUAAGCUCAGGGAAAGACGCAUCUUCAAUCUACUCGUCGAUGACAAAGACCGUGACAUCUUCUCCCUUCAACUCCUCUUGCAGAAGGAAAGAGACUACACAAAAGAAGCGAAGAUGAAGAAUGAGGAGUUGAAAGCUAAGAUAUACUCUCUCAGAAUCCAAAAGAUGGAGAUUGACAGGAGACUUGUGGAGAUGCAGUCAACGAUUGAGUCCCUUAAAGAUGAAGGGAAGACCAUGGAGGUUGCCAUUGAGGAGAAGCAAAACGAGAUCAAAGUGCUGAGGCUACAACAAGAAACUGCUAAUGAGAAAGAGAAUUCCCAGGUGAUGGCCUUGACUGUAACAUUGAAACAAAAGGACGUUGAAAUUGAGGAUUUGAAACGUCGUCUUCAAUACCCAGAAAAGGUUUGGUCAGUAAGUACUGAUGACUCUUCUAAGCAGUCAGUAAAUUUGACACUGGCAGAGGAUCAAAAGGAGAAAACUGGUGCAAAAACUGUGGUUGGUGAUGAUGAAAGCUCAAAUAAAACUGCUGUUGGAGAGGUUAGUAAUGACGACAGAAGGGAAAUGAUGAGCAAAGAAAAAGAGAAAAAUGAGAAUUUGCUAGAUCAAAUGAACAAUAAAGAUGGGUUUAGUACUGGUGGGGAGACAAUUGAUGCCACUGGUUUGAAGGUUAGUGAAGAAAUUACCGUAGCAAAUUCAAGUGAUGUAAUAUCUAAAAAUGGUGGAAUGAAAACGGGUAAACAUGAAAGUCGGAAAAAUCUAGCUACUGUUAAAGGCGGAAUGAAAUUGGAAAUCCAAGAUGACUCUGGUAACUUUGUUGAGUUCAUAGCUAGAGGGAAACGUGGUUCUGCUAGUAGUAAUAGUACGGGGAAAAGAUGGAGGUUAAUGGGUAAGAACAGGAGAUCAGAGAAAAAUGGAAAACAAAAUAGAGUAAAGAAUACUAGAAGUACAAGGUUCAAUGAUAAUGAUGAUCAAGCUAAGUCAAAGGGCAGAGUUAACAAAGCAGCUUCAAUAGGGAUACCAAUGGGCGGCAAUCACCUAUUAGAAGCCAAAAUUCCUGAGUUAUUAAGCUCGGAAAACAGAUCCACGACUGAGGAACGGCAGCCAUCCAAUAAGCUCCAAACUUCCCUACCCAGAGAAAUGCUGUUGAAUACAAGUACUGUUGGCGGACAGAGUAAAACAAGAAUGGAAUUAGAGGGCAAGAAACCAGAAGUCAGAAAACUCCAUGACCAAGAAGCCAUUGCAGUUGAACAAGGCAUGAACAGAAAGGAUAUCAGCAAAGAGACGACAGAUGAUGUCAAGGGGUUCAAAGAUUACAGGACUCGAGAAGAACAAGAACAAGAAAAAUUCGCCGGUGAUGAAGAACAAGACUACACCGAGGAGGUUGAUGAGUCUGAGUUCUAACAGAUUUGCAGGUUUUUCUUUUUUGCGUACUGUCAUAGUUUUGUUCUUGAAAUAGAUCUUAAAUUAAACAUAUAUGUAUCAGUUAUAAAUGAUGUAUUUCUUUUAGUUUUGCUUAGAACUGAUUCAAGAGCUUGGUGGCAAAAUGAAAACCAGUUUCUGAUAUAAAGUAUCAAGUGCCAAAGUAAGAAUAGUCUUGGACUCUUUCAUGUUUUUUCUUUUCAAUGACAAACUAAAUCAUUAUUGAACGUAAAAGGUUAAUGCACCCAGCGUAAAAGCAACUAUAGAACAAGCAAAUGAAGAGACUCUCCCGAUAAAAACAAA